AUGGUAAACGACGAGGAAUUCUACAUUCGUUACUAUACUGGUCAUAAAGGUAGAUAUGGACAUGAAUUUUUAGAGUUUGAGUUUUGUGCUGAUGGAAGAUGUCGUUAUGCUAACCACUCAAAUUAUAGAAAUGACAGUUUAAUAAGAAAAGAGAUGUACGUUAGUCCUUUAAUGAUGAAAGAAUUGAAAGAAAUUAUCAAAGAAAAUGAUCAUCGAUGGCCUAAAAAGAAUGUUACUGCCAAGAUUGGAUCACUUGUUGACGUUCAAGAAAGUGAAGAUCCUGAAGGUUUAAGAAGUUUUUAUUAUUUAGUGCAAGAUCUUAAAUGUUUAGUAUUUUCUUUGAUCAGUUUACAUUUUAAGAUUAAGCCGAUUUAA